AUGUCGAUAGUCUAUCCCGGCGAAGCAUCCGCCGCCGUAAUCAUACCAUCCCUCCUCGUCACAUUCCUCAUCAUCUCCAUAACCCUAUCGAAACUCAUCAAGAACACACGAGCCGCCGCCUCCAAGCUCCCGCCACUCCCUCCGAGCCCGUCACCAUCAUGGCCCCUCGUCGGAAACCUCCCGGCGAUCAUAAUCCACAAAAAGCCAAUGUUCCGGUGGGUCCACAAGUUGAUGAAGGACAUGAACACCGACAUCUGCCUCAUCCGGCUCCCCGGCGGCGCCAACCUGGUCCCCGUCCUCGACCCCGCCAUCGCCAGGGAGAUGCUGAGGAAGCAGGACGCCACCUUCGCCGACCGCUCCAUCUCCUUCGGCAGCCACGCCGUGAGCGGCGGAUACGUCACCACCGCCGCCGUCCCCUACAACGACCAGUGGCGCAAAAUGCGGAAGGUGUUCACCUCCGAGAUAGUUUCCCCCGCCAGGCACGUGUGGCUGCAAGAAAAGCGGGACGAGGAGGCCGACAACCUCGUCUUCUACGUCCACAGCCGCUGCAUGGCGGGGAAGAGCGUCGACCUUAGGGUCGCCACGCGACAUUACUGCGGCAACGUCAUGAGGAAGAUCAUGUUUGGGCGGAGGUAUAUGUUGAUGAGUUGCGAGCCCACUGCGGACGGUGGGCCCGGAAAGAUGGAAGUCAAACACGUGGAGGCCGUGUUCACGGCGUUAAAGUACCUGUAUUGGUCGUGUUUAUCGGAUUUCUUCCCGUGUUUGUGGGGAUGGAACGUCGACGGAAAGGAGAAAAUUAUCAAUGAAGCCAACGAGACCAUUCGAGGCUACCAAGACCCUAUCAUCGACGCGAGGAUCCAGGAGUGGAGGAAUAACGGAGGGAAGACGGAAAUGGACGACCUACUUGACGUCUUCAUCACCGUCAAGGACGAACAAGGGAAACCCUUGCUCACUCCCCACGAAAUCAAGAGCCAAGCUACGGAGAUAAUGAUGGCGUCCAUAGACAACCCAUCGAACGCGGUGGAAUGGGCAAUGGCCGAGCUGAUCAACCGACCGGACCUCAUGGCGAAGGCCACGGAGGAAAUCGAUCGAGUUGUUGGGAAAGAUUCGAGACUGGUCCAGGAAUCGGACAUCGGGAGGCUGAACUACGUGAAAGCAUGCGCCAGGGAGGCGUUCCGGCUCCACCCGUUGGCACCAUUCAACGCCCCACACGUGGCGACCCAGGACACCACCGUGGGCGGCUACUUCAUCCCCAAGGGCAGCCACGCCCUCCUCAGCCGCUACGGCCUCGGUCGGAACCCGAAGGUUUGGCCCGACCCGCUCAGGUUCGACCCGGAGCGGCACCUCGAAAACGACGGCGGCGUCGAUGAGGUGGCCCUCGUGGAGAAGGAGCUGAGGUUCAUAUCGUUUAGCACCGGCCGGCGAGGUUGCGUGGCGACGGUGCUCGGGACUUGUAUGACCACCAUGCUGCUCGCCAGGCUGCUGCAGUGCUUCGCGUGGACGCCGGUGGGGGGAAAUAAGACCGUUGACCUGAGUGAAGCUGAGGAUGGGCUCUCACUGGCCACGCCGCUCAUGGCAUUACCUAAGACGCGUUUAGCUCGCCACUUAUAUCCUGUUGUGUAACAAUAUGAAUUCUCUCUUGUAAAAACGUUUCGUGUAGUCUCUCUUCUGUACCAUCCGGUUGAAUCUCAUGUAUAACAUUUCCGUAUUAUAUUAAAGAACUAAAGGGUUAAUUAGGG